UCCUUUUGCACAAUGCUGCUCAACAGUUGGGCCUGAAAGGUCAGCCAGAAGAUCUUCCACUUCGCACAGUUAGGCAGGAAUUACAAAUGCUCACUGGUGCAUCAGUGUCAUUUCAUAUCUCCCCCCUGUCUCAGCCCAGCAAACUGUAUCGCAUAAAGGGUGCAUUCACAGCCCAGCAGCUAAGUCUUGCUGAACACACACAUCCGGUUAAGACUUUGAGAGAGAAAUACCACCACCUCAGAGGGCUUCCUUUGAGCCAUUUAGAGUCAGUUCGCCCUGUCCUGCUCAUUGGAUCAGACUAUCCCCACCUCAUUACAGCAGUGGAGCCAAUCCGUCUAGGCCCCCCAGGGGGACCAGCAGCUAUCAAGACUCGUCUCGGAUGGGCUUUGCAAGGUCCUGUACAACACCUGCAACAUGAGGUCACUGAACAACAGUGUCUUUUAACCUCAGUAGCACCACCUGAAACUGAUCUUCUCAGACAAGUGGAGAGACUCUGGCAGAUGGACGUGCUUCCAUGGCAAAGUGAAAAAAUGAGCACAAGGUCCAGACAAGAUCAGGAAGCAGUGAAAAUUCUGGAAAGCAAGACAGUGAGAGUAGAGGUGGAUGGCGUCAAGCGCUAUGCAACCCCACUUUUGCGCGUUAAAAACAUGCCAGACCUUAAGGCUCCCAAAAAUGCUGUUCUCCCACAUCUGCGGGCCAUAGAGAGAAGGCUGGCCAAAGAUCCAGAGCAAGCAGCUGCCUACACAGCAGAAAUUCAGAAACUAGAGCGGGCAGGUUAUGCAGUCAAGGUGGAACUAAAUGUUGAAGAAUGUCUAACCAACACCUGGUACAUUCCCCAUCAUCUGGUCCAACACAACGGGAAGAACAGGGUUGUAUUUAAUUGCUCAUUUCAGUAUCAGGGCCAAAACCUUAACAAGCUCUUGCUCCCUGGUCCUGUGUUAGGCCCAUCUCUUCUUGCAGUGCUGCUCAGGUUCAGAGAGCAUUCCGUUGCUAUCAGCAGUGAUAUAAAGGGGAUGUUCCACCAGAUCAGAUUGCUUCCCGAAGACAGGCCACUUCUGCGAUUCCUCUGGAGGGAUCUAAAUCCACAGGAUCCACCUAACAUUUAUGAAUGGCAGGUUCUCCCCUUUGGCACCACAUGCAGCCCUUGCUGUGCCAUCUUUGCAUUACAAAAACACAUCCUGGACCAUAACCAACCUGGGGAAGACGUCCGCCAUGCUGUACUGAAGUCUUUCUAUGUUGAUAACUUUCUGCAGAGUUUCACCUCAGUAGAGGCAGGCAAGGGUCUCGUUGACAAACUCCGGAGCUUAUUGGCAGAAGGGGGUUUCGACCUGAGGCAGUGGUCCAGUAACCAACUCUCCACCAUAAGCCAUUUACCUCCUGAGGCCAGAUCUGACAGCACUGAACUUUGGAUUUCACAAGGGCAGAGCAACACCCAAGAAUCUGCCCUGGGACUCCUCUGGAAUCACCAAACAGAUACACUUUCAUAUAAGUACUGUCCCAUACAAAACACUGAGACCACCAUGCGCAGCAUUUACAGAAUCAUAGCAAGUCAGUAUGACCCCUUGGGCUAUCUCAUUCCCUACACUACCAAAGCCAAGCUUAUAGUACAGCGCCUUUGGGAUAAGAAAAGAGACUGGGAUGACCCGCACUUACCUGCAGAUCUUCUACAGACCUGGACAGAGUGGGUGGAGGAGCUGCCUGCCCUACAACACAUUGUCUUUCCAAGGUGUUAUACCAGUCCAAUCAGAGAUACCGACAUGAGUCAGCGAGAGAUACACAUCUUCUGUGAUGCCUCUGAGCGGGCUUAUGGCUCAGUCGCUUAUCUCCGCACAGAGGAUCAAUGUGGGGAGGUAGAGGUGGCCUUCCUCACAGCCAGGUCACGAGUGGCACCCAAAAAACAGCAGUCGAUCCCCCGUCUGGAACUCUGUGCUGCACUGACUGGGGCACAGCUGGCUAAAGUAGUCAGAACAGAACUGAACCUUCCCAUACACCAACUCACUCUGUGGACUGACUCCACCACAGUUCUCACUUGGCUGCAUUCAGACUCUUGCCGAUUCAAAGUGUUUGUUGGAACUAGAGUUGCUGAGAUCCAGGACAUUACAGAUCAGCACACAUGGCGUUAUGUUCCUUCAACCUAUAACCCAGCAGAUGACAUAACACGGGGGAAAAGCCUAUGUAAGCUAGGGCCAGAUAGCCAUUGGUACCAAGGGCCAUCCUUUCUCAAAGGUCCUCCAAAUCAGUGGCCAGAAAUCCCACACCCCAUGCCUGCAGACGAAAGUGAGCUUCGUAAAACAGUUCCCUGCCUCCUUACCUGCUUCACAGCCAGCUUGUCAUUCCCUGACUUCAGCCAGUAUAAGACAUUUGAAGAGCUACUGGAGUCCAGGGCCUGUCAUGGGGCGGCAGGCAAUCCAACAGCUGAUGACUACAAGAUGGCGGAAAUCAGUGUCCUACAGCAAGCUCAGGAAGAGUGUUUCCCCUCUGAACUGGAGCAGUUAAAGGCAGAUAAAUCACUUCCCAGAAACAGUCGGCUAAAGGCACUGGCCCCUGAACUGAACCAUGAUACACAGCUAAUCAGGGUAGGAGGUCGCCUUCGCUGUAGCCCUUAUCUAGAUCCUGAUACUGUGCACCCCAUUGUCCUAGACCCAAAACACCCAGUGUCCAAACUGCUCAUACAGAGUUAUGACACUAAACUCCAUCAUCCAGGCCCAGAAAGAGUCUUUGCAGAGCUUCGGCGAAAAUAUUGGAUUCUUCGCGGCAGAGAGGCAAUCAAACGUUGUCAGAGGACUUGCGUGGAGUGCCAGAAGUGGAGAAGAAACCCUGAAGUCCCAAAAAUGGCAGACCUCCCUCCAGCUAGAUUACGUUUAUUUAAGCCUGCUUUCUACUCAACAGGAAUGGAUUGCUUUGGUCCAUAUACUGUCAAAGUAGGUCGCAGAAAUGAAAAGAAAUGGGGCAUCCUGUUCAAAUGUCUUACUACAAGGGCUGUUUACAUUGACAUCCUUCAUAGCCUUGACUCUGAUUCAUUCCUUAUGGCUCUCAGACGAUUCAUCGCUAGACGAGGCAAGCCAUUCGAGCUAUUAUCGGAUCAAGGGACUAACUUCAAAGGAGGGGAGAGAGAACUGAAGGAAGCAUACGCAGCUAUCGUCCCUGAAUUGCAACAGCAACUGGCAAGCCAGCAAAUACAAUUCCACUUCAAUCCCCCUAAUUCUCCACAUUUUGGUGGCAGCUGGGAAAGAGAGAUUCGCUCCCUUAAACAGGCCUUGAUGACAACACUUGGUGCCCAGUCUGUCACCUUCGAAGUAAUGUACACUGUGCUGGUGGAGAUUGAAGGGAUCUUAAAUUCCAAGCCACUAGGCUACAGUUCAUCUGACAUUUCUGAUCUAGACCCUAUCACACCAAAUUCCCUUCUCAUGGGGCGGCCAGAUUCAUCACUUCCUCCUGUAAUAUACCCUGAAUCUGAACUGAUCAGUCGACGCAGAUGGCGUCAUAGUCAAGUCCUUGCCGACCAAUUCUGGAGGCGCUUCAUCAGGUUCUACCUUCCCAGCCUCCAGACCCGCCAGAAGUGGCAAGAUGAGACAUCUGAUCUCCAGGUUGGCACCAUUGUCCUGAUUGUCGACCCCCAACUGCCCAGAGCACUCUGGCCAGUGGGCCAGGUGUCGAAGGUAUUCCCUGGAGUAGACCGCAGAGUAAGAGCAGCAGAAAUUAAAGUUGGAAAGAAGUCAUACACACGCCCAGUGGCACGCCUCAUCCGAUUACCUGCCAUACCAGAUUAAAGGUACUUUUAAUGGUGUAGGACAGGUUAUAGGCCCUUUUGUUAUUGUACAUAUUUCCCUUUGGAAAUCUGGGGGCGGCUGUAAAAAAGGCCACACGCAGGUUAUAUUCAUUUGGCUAAGCUUCCCCUGCAAUACACCACACUCAACGCACACGCAGCAUCCAUCCUGUGAGCCAAUCAGGACUACAUGCAGGAUGCGAAAGGUCAGCGGUCCCGCCCACAGAACGGAGUUAGAGCGAUCGGGAAAGCGGACAGAUGCGAGCUGCACUGUAGCGAUUUAUAUUUGCCAAAGUUGUGUGCGUGCCUAAAAAAAAACCACACACACUCAUGCAAAUUCUGUGGUGACAAUAAAUGGGUUAAUCCCGUACAAGUCUUUUA